CAGCGAGCCCCGCUCCACUCACACACUCACUGCUCCGCUAAAGAUGUGAAAAUGGCGGAGCUACAAAUGCUUCUGGAAGAGGAGAUUCCAGCAGGACGAAGCGCACUACUAGACAGUUUCACUAAUUUGGAAAGAGUCGCGGAGUACUGUGAGAGCAACUAUGUCCAGUCUCCAGACAAGCAGAGGGCGCUGGAGGAGACCAAGAACUACACUACCCAGUCUUUGGCCAGCGUAGCCUACCUGAUCAACACGCUGGCCAACAAUGUCCUGCAGAUGCUGGACAUCCAGGCCUCGCAGCUCCGCCGCAUGGAGUCCUCCAUCAACCACAUCUCACAGACAGUGGACAUCCACAAAGAGAAGGUAGCGCGGCGGGAGAUCGGCAUCCUCACCACCAACAAGAACACAUCCCGCACACACAAGAUCAUCGCCCCAGCCAAUCCAGAGAGGCCUGUACGCUACAUCCGCAAGCCCAUCGACUACAGCCUGCUAGACGACAUGGGCCACGGAGUCAAGGCCAGCGCUCAGAACAUGAAGGCCGGAGGAGGCGGACUCCCUCGCACCAACCCCCCCACACAGAAGCCCCCCAGCCCACCCAUGACGGGCAAAGGGACCCUUGGGCGCCACUCCCCCUAUAGGACGCUUGAGCCGGUGCGUCCGCCCGUUGUCCCUAACGACUACGUCUCAAGCCCGACGCGCAACAUGGCGCACCCCCAGCAGAGCCCUGCACGCACUGCAUCCGUUAAUCAGAGGAACCGCACGUACAGCAGUGGGAGCAGCGGAGGCAGCCACCCCAGCAGCAGUCGCAGCAGCAGCCGAGAGAACAGCGGCAGCGGCAGCGUGGGCGUGCCCAUCGCUGUUCCGACCCCAGCCCCACCCACUGCCUUCCCAGGUGCUCCUCAGUUCUACAGCAUGAACCGCCCGGCGCAGCAGCCCCAAAACCCGCCAGUGGGAGGCUCCCUGCCGUACCGCCGACCCUCGUCUGUCACCGGUCAGCCCAACAUGGCCCACAACCAGAGCCAGCUCAACGGUGGACCACACUUCGCCCAGAACCAAGCAGGCCCGCUCGCGCCCCCUCCCCCCUCCAUGCAGAUCACCCCUCAGCUGCCUCUGAUGGGCUUUGUGGCCCGAGUUCAGGAGACUAUCUCAGACGUGCCGCCCCCGCCUCCACCUGCUGAAGAGCCAGUGUUUGAGGAGCCUACACCACCUCCCCCGCCGCCGGAGGACUACGAGGAUGAUGAGGACGAGGAGGAGUCGGCGGUGGUGGAGUACAGCGACCCCUACGCCGAGGAGGACCCACCAUGGGCUCCACGCAGCUACCUGGAGAAAGUGGUGGCCAUCUAUGACUAUACCCGCGACAAAGACGACGAGCUUUCGUUUCAGGAGGGCGCCAUCAUCUACGUGAUAAAGAAGAACGACGAUGGCUGGUUCGAGGGCGUGAUGAACGGGACCACAGGCCUCUUCCCAGGCAACUACGUCGAGUCCAUCAUGCACUACGCCGACUGAACAAUCCCCCCCCCCCUCUGAGCGGAAAGAAGAAGAGCAGCGGGAGGAGCGUUUGAUGGGGAAGGGAAGGGGGAGGGAGGGGAGCCGAAGGUUUAAAGGUCAAAGACUUUGAUCAGACAGAGUAUGAUCACCUCCAAAGGCGAAGAGAGAAAAGAGAGACGGGGGGAAGAGGAGGCAGUUUUUAAAGAAGUUGCAACAUGACAAACUGAUGCCCAGUCGUUCUCUCGACAUAGUCGCCAUUGUAAAACAACCACUACUCUAGAUAUAUCCUUCCCUGUAAUAUUUCUUUCUUUGUUUCUUUAUUUGACUGAGGAGGACUGGACGGUGAGAGAAUUAUUGUUUUUUUGAGAGUUUUGCGUUACGUUAUGAGGCCACUACAUUCAUUUUGCUUCAUUUUUUUGUUUUUGUUUUACCAAUUUGCCCUUAUUUUAAACAAUAUUUAUUUGGAUUCUGUAGUGGGAGAAAUGGUGAGGAAGUAGAUGGGGCUGCUGAGAGGGAUUUAGUCAGGAUUUUUCACGUCGCAGCCUCGGAGAAAGGGCUGGAGGAGAGAAUGCCUACAUGUGUAGAUUUUCUCCUAAACACUCCAGAGACAUUUUAGAGAAAAAUACACCUCUCUAUAUAUAAAGUAUAAUGCAACAACAAUAUCCUCGGUGGGAAAAAGUAGUAGUUUCUGUACUUGACAAAACUUUUAGUUAGGUACCUCAGCAGCGAGUGUGCCAAAGCUGACAUUUACUAAGAUAAGCACAUCAAAUGUCUUAAAGUGACAUACACGAAGCUAGAUAAAGUGGGUCAGAAAAGACGUCUGAAAGCAAAGAAAGCCCCGUGAGUGCUUUAUAUCCAGAUUUUUUCCUUUUUUUUUUUUUUUCAGAGUUUAUUUAAUUAUCUAAGAUGUUUUUGCGCCACGCACGUCUGAGGUUUCACUCGAAGGGGCGAGUUUAGUCACUACAUGCUUCACUUUGCUGGCCAGUGUGCAUUUUUCGGGGUGAAGGAUUCGUCAUCCAGCCCUCAAGUAAAGAGAGGAAAGCCAGAGAUCCUCAAUUGCACAAUGACCUGGAUUUUGAAGUCUUACUCUGCAGCUCCUGUCAUGAAUAAUAGAAGAAAUAUAUUAGCUCGACUGGCGCGCUAAUCGUUUGCAAUGUUCAUAUGCAUUCGAGAAAACUUCCUUUCUUUUUCUUUCAGUUGUUAAUUUUGCCGUUUAACAAAGGGGUCCAGAGUCAAGUUUUGCUUGCAGAGCGGCAGACUGCAUGUUUAAACAAGGAAAAAAAACCUUUUUCUUUUCUGCUCUACUGAUGAUUAAUGUCUUAAUAUUUUUAGAUAUGGUGUGGUUUGGUUUUUGAUAUUCACCCACAACGACAACGAUGCAUUUAGGUCAUUUCUAAGAUGCUUGUGCCAUAUUGAAGUGUGUGUUGCUGUUCAGAGGUUAUCACUUCAUUUGCAAUAAAUUGGCCAGAGUGGGGUGGAUUGUCGUUGAACUACAAAUCUUUAUUUUCCUUUCUUUCUCAUCAGUUUUCCCGAGUUAUUUUGAAUCAAAAGCACAUACAUUUGUAGUAAAAAGGUGUAGAAGAAGAAAUAAUAUAAAUGUGAGAUGUAUUAUGUCCUCAAAACAGGACUUACUGAAUAUGAAAAGAAGCCAGCUGUUGUGUUGAAAUGGUUUUAACCGUCGCAAGCCCCCGAUACUUCUUAAAGCCGUCAGUUUAGGCAUCGUUCGUCCUCCGUACAGUUUCCAAUACGCUUGGCUGUUGGGUGUUUGCGAGGGCUCAGUGCUUGUACUUAUGUCAGAAUCUUUAUUUUCUAUUAAAAAAAAAAAAAGAAAUAAUAACAAGUGGGUCUGUAUGUGAGUCUUGCAUGCCAUUGUUCUUAUCUGUACUGGUGUCCCAAAAACCUACGUGGCGAGAUCACCCAUUGUUAAAAAGACAAGCAGCCCUGCAGCUCUGACCAGGUACCACCAGCCUCAUCCAAAGAGACUGUACAACUUUACUUCAAGCCCACGUCCGGGGAGUCGCUCUCUGACCUGUGGGGGAGGAUGGAGGGGAGGGACCCGGCUCCCCCCCUGCCCUCUGACAGUAGCCGUGAUUACGUCAGUGGUGAAAAAUCCUGUGUGUAAGCUGCUAGUGAAUCCUGCGGACAAAGAAUCCGAACAGGCGGGAGGGAGACGAAUGAAUGAUGAUAAAUGUAAACACUCAAGCUUCAUGUAAAGCUCUACUCUUGUUUUAUAACGCUCACAUAGGAUGACACUGAAAAAAUACAAGUCCCAAACGAGGCCCUCGGUCUGCAGGAUUCACAGCCCCCUGGAGUCACAGACGUCCCUCGGGAUGUCAAGUUUAACAGUCCAUAAUGCCAUUGUGUUGCACAGUUAAAGUUGAAUUGCAGAAGUAUCAUAUUUGUAAAAUCAUGAGAACAAAGACAAUAAAAUUAUUAAGAUAUA